UGACGGAAGUGGGUGUUCUUGACCGGUAGUGCAGUCUCUUCCUCUCCACGCGGUGGACCUGACCGGUCGGCCUGAAUUGCUUGUGCUGAACGAUGCCGGGGAAACUCCUUAGUGACGCGGACUUGGACUCAGACACGGCCAUGGAAAAAGUGGAGACACCGCGAAAGCAGAAUGAGAAGAAAGGUAGAAGAGAGAAGCCAAAAUCUAGUAAGACUGAAGAGGCAACAGAAGUAAAGGAAGAAAUUAUUUCCCCCAAAGCUAAAAAAGUUAAAAAGAAAGCCGAAUCUAAUGAGGUUGACAUGAAUUCUCCUAAAUCCAAAAAGGCGAAAAAGAAAGAGGAGCCAUCUCAGGAUGACAUUAUUCCUCCUAAAACCAAAAGUGUGAAAAAACUAAAGGAGUCCACUGAAAAGAAAGUUGUUUCUCCUAAAACCAAAAAGGUAAUAAAAAGUGAAGAACCUUCUGAAGAAGAAAUAGAUGCUCCCAAGCCCAAGAAGAUGAAGAAAGAAAAGGAAAUGAAUGGAGAAAUUGGAGAGAAAGGCCCCAAACUGAAGAAUGGAUUCCCUCAUUCCGGACCUGUCUCUGACUCCAGUGAAACGCCAGGGGAAGAAAGUAACAGUGAAUUAGAGCAGGAAAUACCUGUGGAACAAAAAGAAGGAGCUUUCUCUAAUUUUCCCAUAUCUGAACCGACUAUUAAACUUCUCAAAGCCCGUGGGGUGACCUUCCUGUUUCCUAUACAAGCAAAGACAUUUCACCACGUCUAUAGUGGAAAGGACUUAAUUGCACAGGCGCGGACAGGAACUGGGAAGACAUUCUCCUUUGCCAUCCCUUUGAUUGAGAAACUUCAGGGAGAAAUGCAAGACCGGAAAAGAGGCCGUGCCCCUCAGGUGCUGGUUCUUGCACCCACGAGGGAGCUGGCAAAUCAAGUAAGCAGAGACUUCAGUGACAUCACAAGAAAGCUGGCAGUGGCUUGUUUUUAUGGUGGAACACCCUAUGGAGGUCAGAUUGAACGCAUGCGGAAUGGGAUCGAUAUCCUGGUUGGGACCCCAGGUCGUAUCAAAGACCACCUGCAGAAUGGCAAGUUAGAUCUUACCAAACUGAAGCAUGUUGUCCUGGAUGAAGUUGACCAGAUGUUAGAUAUGGGGUUUGCUGAUCAAGUGGAAGAGAUUUUAAGUGUGGCAUACAAGAAAGGUAAGCUCCAAAUUCAAGGCACUGAUGGAAGGCAUCUGGCUAUUAAGUGCCACUGGACUCAAAGGGCAGCAGUUAUUGGGGAUGUGAUCCGAGUGUAUAGUGGUUUUCACGGGCGCACUAUCAUCUUCUGCGAAACCAAGAAAGAAGCCCAGGAGUUGUCACAGAACGUGUCCAUAAAGCAGGAUGCCCAGUCAUUACAUGGAGACAUUCCUCAGAAGCAGAGAGAAAUCACUCUGAAGGGAUUUAGAAAUGGUGAUUUUGGAGUUUUGGUUGCAACCAACGUUGCUGCUCGUGGGUUAGACAUCCCUGAGGUUGAUCUGGUUGUACAGAGUUCUCCGCCAAAGGAUGUGGAGUCCUACAUUCAUCGUUCUGGGAGGACGGGUAGAGCUGGAAGGACGGGGAUUUGCAUCUGUUUUUAUCAGCACAAGGAAGAGUAUCAGUUAGCACAAGUGGAACAAAAAGCGGGAAUUAAAUUUAAGCGGAUAGGGGUUCCUUCUGCAACAGAGAUAAUAAAAGCUUCCAGCAAAGAUGCCAUCAGGCUUUUGGACUCUGUGCCUCCCACUGCCGUCAGUCACUUCAAGCAGUCAGCAGAGAAACUGAUAGAGGAGAAGGGAGCCGUGGAAGCUCUGGCAGCAGCCCUGGCCCAUAUUUCAGGAGCCACAUCAGUAGACCAGCGCUCUCUGAUCAACUCAGAUGCGGGCUUUGUGACCAUGAUCUUACGAUGCUCAAUUGAAAUGCCGAACAUUAGUUACGCUUGGAAAGAACUUAAAGAGCAGCUGAGUGAGGAUAUUGAUUCCAAAGUGAAAGGAAUGGUUUUUCUCAAAGGAAAGCAGGGUGUUUGCUUUGAUGUCCCUACUGCAGCAGUAACAGAAAUACAGGAAAAAUGGCAUGAUUCACGGCGCUGGCAGCUCUCUGUGGCCACGGAGCAGCCAGAGCUGGAAGGACCGCGGGAAGGAUUUCGAGGCUUCCGGGGACAGCGGGAAGGCAGUCGAGGCUUCCGGGGACAGCGGGAAGGCAGUCGCUUUAGAGGACAGCGGGAAGGAAACAGAAGCUUCAGGGGACAGCGGGAAGGAAAUCGAGGCUUCAGAGGACAGCGAUCAGGAGGUGGCAACAAAAGUAACAGAUCCCAAAACAAAGGCCAGAAGCGGAGUUUCAGUAAAGCAUUCGGACAGUAAUUUGAAGUAGAGGAUUUAUGCAGCAGCGUGGAACUGAACACUGAUUUUCCUACAAGGUGAAAAGCACAUGUGUUUCCUUCCUGACCAUGUGCCUUGUCCCCGUCUGCUUCAGAGAGAUAAGCUUAGUGGAAAUUAUUUCAUCUGAUGUGAUAAUCACUUGUAAUGAUUGGGACUUCUGUAAUCAGGUUUCUCUUUUGAAAAGAUGUAUGAAUUCAUUACAUUUUUAUUCUGAUACAUUGUCUGUAGAUUUUAAGAUAAAAAUCAAGCAUGUAUUUGCCCAUACUUUUUAAGUUGACCUGUCUAUGCUUAAAUAGUGUCCUUCCCCGAAUACCUGUGGGGAAGGCAGCAGUCUCUGGAGAGGCGCUCUGCACAGCCCGGGCUUGGCUCUGUUAUUGGCACUCGUCAGCUGCCUGCCUAACAGUGACUCACGUGGUCCUGUAACAUGUCUUCGGAGAAUUAGUACUGAGCCACGUUUUGAGGCAAGGUUUCAAACUUCGCUGGGAGGUCAUGCAUUUCAUGGCAGCCUGUGCUCUAGGUUUGGAGGACGGUGAUACAUUUGCUGGGAGACAUUUUCUAGAUUAGCCAUCGUUAUGUACAUUCUGAUACAUUUUUAACUUCUUACUGUAAGGUGAUUCAUGCUUCGGUGAAUUCUUCACAGGUUUUAUUGAUCUAUAUAUAAAAAGUAUUUUAAUAAAAAGCAAGUGUCUUUAAGGAAUUCCAAAUGUAUAAGACGGCCCCAGAACUUUCUUUGUUAAGUUAGGAGGCUGAAUAGUAAUAGGUGCUUGAUGAUAACGUACUCCACUUCCUACUGGAAGAUUAACAUUGUUUACCAAGAAGGAGUUAAGGGAGUGGGGGGCAGAGAUUUGCAUUGCUGACAAGAGUCAGGAAACCCACAGAAUAUUUUUCACAUGUGAGAAGGAAACCUGCAUCUCUGAGAGCAAAGAGAGGAGCAAGUGAAGAUGCAUGAUAAAGCAUUCUUUUCGUGGUAACACAGCAGGUCAUUAUUAACUUGUAGUGGGUAAACUGAGGUUCUAGGUAGAAUGAUCAUUGUGGUUUCUCAGAGGCCUAACUCCUACAGCCACCAUAUAGGAUCUGUUUGUGUAAUACUGCUAUUCCAUUGAAAGGUUUUAGCUGCCUAGAGACUUCCUUUUAGGACAGUCUCUAUAUGGUUAUUUUAAGUUUGUGCUUUGAGGGAACUGAAGAGCUUAAUAUAGCCCCUGGCCAGGGAACUCUUUUUCUCAAAUAUUAUUUCCCUCCAAACUUCUGCACAGGGCAGGAGCUUAAGAAUGGCAUUGUUUUCUUGCCUUAAUUCCUAGAAAUUCUGUACGGGGAAUAUCAGGGAAUAAACUGAUAGGAGAAGUUAAAAUACAUGUUUUCAUCUGAUUAUAUUUGAACAAUUGAAAUCUAGUUUCUAAGCCCUGGUUUCUCUCACUGGAUCAGGUCUUUUUAUCUAACUCUAUGACCUUGCAGUAAGGUGUUCAGAUAGCCAGCUCAGCUCUUUGAUGCUUGAGGCAAUGUGUCCUUACUCUGUUUGGACUUCAGUUCUGUCCUUCAGUCCUGGAUGUUUCUCUGUUUUCCGAAAUUCUCUUGGCUUUUCUUUUUUGAUCCACUUGUCAAUUUUACCACUUUUCCUCCCACUCCUCAUGGCUUCCCAGCAAGCCACAGGGAUUCAGGAGAAGUUGAUGACUGUGACAGCUCUUGUGCUGUGUAGAUUAUAAGUUACUAGAUUCCGGUUUUGCUCAAGUACUGAGCAUAUUUUAAUAACAACCAAAAUAUUUCACGGUUUGGAUAGGAAUGGAUACCUUAUCAAGCAGAUUGAAAGGACACAGUACCCAUCCUUUAGGACAUGGUACCUGUGGAUUAACCUACAGAAAAAUAAUCAGGCAGAAAUCAAGAGUAUGUAGAAGAUUAAUGGGAAUUUUACUUUACACAACUUAAUUUCAAAGAAACAUGGCUGUUUCAAUAAAUGAAGCUGAACUUUCUCCUGGAUCCUGGAAUCCACACCAUAUUUAUAAAUAGAUAAUCCAGCUAUUACUUGAUUUUAAUGGGCUUGUUAGGCUAGCCUGGGAACUGUGGUUUUUACUAUUUUCUACAGAGAAAAUAUUUUCCAGUGUAUCAAACUCAAUGAACUUUUAAAAUACAAUCCAUUUUUACAUUGGAGCUAUCUGUGCAGCAGUUUCUUUACAAUUGUACAUAAAACGCUUUUUCUGUAAAACUGAGUUAAUGUAUAAAAUACUGCUUUAUGUCAGAAUAAAGAUAUUAGUAUUUCCUA